AUGGCUAGUCACAGCAUAAACCUCAACGAUGAUGAUAUGUGGGACGACUCGGUGCUUGUCGACUCCUGGAACGAAGCUCUCGAUGAAUACAAGAAAUAUCAUAGCAUACAUGCCAAGGGUGGUACAAUCAAAGAGCUCAAAGCUUUGUCGUCAAGGACAGCAGACGAAGUCGAAGCUGCCGCAGACUCCGGUGAUGCUACGAUGCAGCUAGACCAAGGAUCGAUCCAAGUUAAACCUGAAGAACAAAAACCAGAAGGCGGUGUCCCAGAGGCAGCCAGGUCGGCACCCGCCAUCUCACCCCCACAAGCUGUGCUUGGAACCGUGAGGGACGAAAAUCUCAAGAAGCUAUUAAUGUCCUGGUAUUAUGCCGGAUACUACACGGGACUCUACGAGGGGCAGCAGCAACAGGCGCAGCAGCCCCAGUGA